UGAUGAUUAUAUAUUGGACAAUAUUUUUGUUUUACGCCAAUUUGGGUUGUGCACUUAACAAGGAUGUAAUCCAACCAGACCCUGUGAUAGUUACACAACUGGGACAAAAUGUAUCUCUCACUUGCUUUUGUCAAUCUAAUUUGAGAGUUUCUUGGUUCAAGCAAACUGUUGGACAGAAGCCUCUUCUCAUGGCAUCAUCAUUUUAUCACACUCAAAACAGUUUUUAUUCCAACAACUUUAACAAAGACUUUACUGAGACUAAACGUUUGAGUGUGAAGAGAGGAGUUGACAGCUUCAACCUGACCAUCUCCAGGACAGAGUCAAGAGACUCAGCUACAUACUACUGUGUUGCUAUAGAAUGGAGCAAAUUCAGAUUUGGAGAAGGAACUAUUUUAAUUGUCAAAGAUUCGGGGUCCAACAGCAUGUCUGUACUCCAGCAGCCUUUGUCUGAGUCAGUUCAGCCAGGAGACUCUGUGACUCUGAACUGUACAAUACACACUGAGACCUGUGCAGGAGAACACAGUAUCUAUUGGUUCAGACAUGGCUCAGGAAAAUCCCAUCCAGGAAUCAUUUACAACAAUGGAGACAGGAGAGAUCAGUGUGAGAAGAGCCCUGAGAAUGGGUCUCAUACACAGAGCUGUGUCUACAACCUCCCCAAGAGGAACCUCAGCCUCUCUGAUGUUGGGACUUACUACUGUGCUGUGGCCUCAUGUGGGGAGAUACUGUUCGGGAACGGGACCAAGCUGGAUAUCGAAGUUUCAGACCUGUUGAACGAUCAGAGUAAUCUUAUUUUCCUCAACAUUAUAUCUUGCCUGACAACUACUGUGAUUCUGAGUGUGAUUGUCAACGUUAUUCUCUAUGUGAGAAUGAAGAGGUCACAAUGUGAACACUGUGCAGCUCCACGGUGACGAUGAUGGCCUGAACUAUGCUGGGCUAAAGUUCAAUGACAAGAAGCCCAGGAGACAGAGGAGAGAACAGAGAGAGGAAGAAACCAUCUAUUCUGGUGUGAGUUAUCAAGUCAGGAUGUGACAGUCCUCCAAUCAGCAUAAUUUUAAGUUGUGCCCUACUGACCUCCACUUUGAGCUUGCCUGUGUCUGUGUGGCUUGGCUGUUUUGUACUUUCCUCAUUUGUUAUACAAUGUAAUAGUCGGGCCAAGCAGAAGAGACUGUCACUGCAUUGGCAUACUCUCCUAAUAUCAAUGUAGAAUCAUUCAGAUGUGUGAAAGCUGACACUAAGAUGGUUUCAUAAGUAUAACAUCAUCAGCAAUAGUGGCUGAGGUUGACUGACUGGAUAUAUCUGCUUUUGCAAAAAAUACUGUAUGUUUAAUGAUUUUGCAAAUGUCUGAACCCUUCCUUUUGAUGGUAAUGGUUGUAACAUGGAACUCUGUAAACCGUCUUUAUGCU